GAGUUUUGUUGUUUUUGUUUUUGUUUUGGUGGAACUGUCGGCAGCGGCGGCGUCUCUCGUUUCUUGUGAAUUAAAAGUUUUUGCAUUUAUUUGCCGUUUUAUGAUUUUAAUUUUCAUCAAACAUGCCGUACGCUAAUCAGCCAUCUGUACAGAUCACUGAUCUGACUGAGGAGAAUGUCAAAUUCGUGUUGGAAGACACCGAUCUCAGUGUGGCGAACAGUCUACGCAGGGUGUUUAUUGCUGAAACUCCAACAAUGGCUAUUGAUUGGGUACAAUUGGAAGCCAAUUCUACGGUGCUGAGUGACGAAUUUCUUUCUCAUCGCAUUGGUUUGAUACCCCUGACUUCAGAUGAGGUUGUUGACAGAAUGCAGAACACUCGAGACUGCAACUGUAUCGAUUUCUGCCCUGAAUGUAGUGUCGAAUUCACAUUAGAUGUCAAAUGCAAUGAUGAUCAAACUAGACACGUUACUACUGCUGAUUUGGAAUCCAAUGACCAACGAGUUCGACCUGUUACAUGCAGAGGCAGAGAUGACGAAGCAAAUGAAUAUGGCGAAAACGAUGAAAUUUUGAUUGUGAAACUCCGCAAAGGUCAAGAGUUGAAGUUGAGAGCCUAUGCCAAAAAAGGCUUUGGUAAAGAGCAUGCAAAGUGGAAUCCCACAGCUGGAGUGUGCUUUGAAUAUGAUCCUGACAAUUCCAUGAGACAUACUCUUUUUCCCAAGCCGGAUGAAUGGCCGAAAAGUGAGCACUCCGAAUUAGAAGAAGACCAGUUUGAGGCUCCUUUCAAUUGGGAAGCCAAACCAAAUAAGUUCUUUUAUAAUGUUGAGAGCUGCGGAUCACUGAAACCUGAAAAUAUUGUCACUAUGGGAGUGGCUGUGCUGAAGAACAAACUUUCAAAUCUUCAAACUCAGCUGGCUCAUGAAGUGCAUGAGCCACUUGCUAUUCAGUAACCUUUUUGUAAAAUUUUAUUUUGUUCCUUGUAAAUUGUAAGAUGUAUCAAUAUCCCUUUAGUAUUCUUUACAUAUUAUACUGAAAUUUGUUUGUAAUGUGAUGAGAUGGAUAUACAAUAAAUAAAGUUUUAAAUUCAA